CACAACAACAAGGAAUUGUUCGUGUUUCCUUGUUUUCAACUUGUAUGUUUUCGCGAAUGUCUUCACUAAAAAUCUUAUAGUCACGUCGAUCUGUUAGAUGGCCUGCGAUGGCGGCUCAUCGAAGAUUUCAGAUCCCUCUUCACUCAAACGAGUCACUACAAAUGAUGAACGAGCUUCGUCGAAAGAGAGAGCUUUGCGACGUUUCUCUGCACGUUGGAGGGAAGGAGUUUCAAGCUCAUCGUGUGGUUUUGGCCGGAGCGAGCUCUUAUUUACGAGCCAUGUUUACAAAUGGUAUGCUCGAGAGUGGAAUGAAAGACAUAAAACUAAGAGGUAUUGAACACUCGGUGAUGGAACCUUUACUAGACUUUGUUUACACGGGAUCUGUUGAUAUUACUGUCGAAAAUGUACAAGCUUUACUAUCAGGAGCKACUUUAUUGAAUCUUCAUUUACUUGGUCAAGCUUGUUGUAGUUUUUUGCAAACACACCUCGAAGCAACCAACUGUUUGGGGAUCAGAGCAUUUGCCGAUUUGUAUUCAUGUUCGGAYCUUGAACACGCAGCUUAUCGGUUCAUUUGCCAGCACUUUUUGGACGUUAUUAAAUGCGAGGAAUUUCUGCAACUAACGAAACAAGGACUGAUUAAUCUUAUUGAACAGGAUGAGAUUCAAGUUCGUAGCGAGGAUCAGGUGUUUGAGGCGGUAGAAGCAUGGAUUGUUUAUGAUUUCCAACAUCGACAAGAUUUCAGUGCUGAGCUUUUGUCCCGCAUACGCCUCCCCCUGGUSUCAUUGGAGUUUCUGGAGACGAGAGUUUUUCCCUCUAGAAUUAUUAAAACAAACACAGAAUGUCAAUUACUUUUGGGUCGAGUUUUAAACGAAAGUGCACGGAAUUUACCGCCUUACAUGACCACACCGCGUGCUCAGCCCCAGUCCAUUUAUGUAGUUGGUGGAAGGAAUGGGGUUGAUUGCCAACUCUCCACACUUGAAAGAUAUGACCUGCUUGCUGAUGAAUGGGAAAUGAUGGACAGCAUGAAACAUGCAAGAACUGCCGUAGGGGCAUGUAGUCUAAAUGGUUUACUGUACGUCGUUGGUGGCGAAUGUGCAGUCAACUCUCCUCAUGAUGACACAAUGUAUGUGCGAUAUACAGAAUGUUUCGACCCACUGGUGCGUGAAUGGAUAUUGUUAGCAGAUAUUGCUAUCCAAAGAUCAUUUAUAUCAGUUGCAGCAUUGAAUGGAUACAUUUAUGCYGUGGGCGGUGAAGAUAGAACUUGCAGCUAUAAUUAUGUUGAGCGUUAUGAUCCGAAAACUAACACUUGGACUACUGUCCAGUCUAUGAGGAGAAAAAGAUCUGGUGCAGGAAUGGCUGUUUGUGAUGGUAAAAUCUAUGUUGCCGGUGGUUAUGAUAGAGGUGUCCAUAGUGACAGAGCAAGUGUYGAAUGUUACGAUCCUGACGCUGACACAUGGUCGUUUGUCACAGAACUAGAAAAGGCUCGUUCAGGUCUUGUUUUAAUUUCCUACAACCAUCAACUCUAUGCAUUUGGAGGAAGAAAUCGUAGCACUGAUCACUACUUUGACUUGGCAGAGAAAUACAACCCUAAGACAAACAAAUGGACGCCUGUUGCACCAUUGCUCACCCCAAGGGCAUGGCCUGCAGCAACUGUGUUUGAUGGAAAGAUCUAUGUAUUGGGUGGAUUUGAUGGAGCCAACAGACUUGCAAGUGCUGAGGCAUAUGACCCAGAAGCUAAUUCAUGGUCUUUUGUCAGGGAUAUGAAUGUUUGUCGUGCUGGGUGUGGUGCAGCAGUUCUGUAAGAUGAUAAACUUUCUUUUCUACUUUAAACACAAUUCAUUGACUGCGUUGCUGUAAUUUUAUGUUGUAAGAAUGUGUGUCUGGAUGUAAGGUUUGUGCUCUACAGCCAUCUCAAAUAAAACUGGAUUGAACUGGUUGAAGAACAUGAAAUGUUAAAUAUUUUGUUCAUUGAAUUUUUGAAAAAAUGUUUAAACACUGUCUAAAUCUAUCAAACGGUAAUGCAAGUGAAUAGUCCUGUUUCCUACUUAGAGAUAGUGUUUAUAAGAUUCAACAUCUAAUCCAUUAUUUUUGAUAAGAUUUAUAGUCUUCAAUAAUUUUAUAACGUGUAUACACCUACUUGCAGAAGCGUUGUCAUAGAAAAUAGAACAUUCGAAUUUAGUAAAAAGGAAUAAAUUAAAACAAAACAAAAGAAAGCGUUCAGCCUYAGUGAYCUUCUUUUGHCUUUAUAAUUUAUUCCUUUUUACUAAAAUACAAAUGUCCUAUUUUUUUAUGACAACGUUUUCGCAAGUAGGUGUAURUAUCAUAAGAAGUUGGAUUAUUUUAACUGUAUUGCCAUCCUUCAAGUAAGUCUGCCCAUUGUAUGUAUGAUAUAUUUACAACCUGGAGAAACUGGUUAUUUAACAUCAGCUAUUGCUUAUCUUAUUCUUGUUGUGUUUGUUGUUGUUGUUGUUGUUGUUUAUUAUUGUCUACUUGUUAUUCUGCACAUUUUUAUUUUGUUAUAUUUUACUUAUGUUUUACAACAAGCAGCUAUUUGUAUAGUUCUAUAUGUGUUAAUUUAUAUUAAGGUUGAAGCUGCAAUAGGUGAACAAUCAGAUUUCAAACAGGCUUCAACUUUAGAUUUUGUUUUAUUUAGAAUAUUUAUCAAAAUAAAUCUACAUGUAAAUUCCCAUAAUAUUUAUUAGAGCUGCAAUACAAUACAGUAAUAUAUCAAUCAAAAGAGUUUAACUAUUUUGAUAAUUACAUCAUUACUUUUAAAUAGAAUACUUGCAUAUAAUCAGUUGUGUUGUCAAAUAUUAACCUGAGAGAAUUGUGUCUUUCGAUAAUAAACUGAUAAACUA